GGCACCGCCCGUUUCCGGGGCGGGCGAGGGGCUUCCGCGGCGGCGACGGCCCGGUUCGUCCUCCGGCGCGGCCCCGGCCCCGGCCCCGGCCCCGCCGCCGGGAUGAUCAGCGCCAUCCUGGUGUUCAACAACCACGGCAAGCCGCGGCUCGUCCGCUUCUACCAGCGCCUGGCAGAGGAACUCCAGCAGCAAAUUAUCCGAGAGACUUUUCACCUGGUCCUCAAGCGGGAUGACCACAUCUGCAACUUCCUGGAGUGCGGCAGCCUAUUUGGUGGCUCGGAUUACAAGCUGAUCUACCGCCACUAUGCCACGCUGUACUUCGUGUUCUGCGUGGACUCCUCAGAGAGUGAGCUGGGCAUUCUGGACCUCAUCCAGGUGUUUGUGGAGACACUGGACAAGUGUUUUGAGAAUGUCUGUGAGUUGGACCUCAUCUUUCACAUGGACAAGGUUCAUUAUAUCCUGCAGGAGGUGGUGAUAGGUGGCAUGGUGCUGGAGACCAACAUGAAUGAGAUCGUGGCACAGGCAGAGGCCCAGAGCAAGCUGGAGAAGGCAGAGGGAGGCCUCUCCGCAGCUCCUUCCCGCGCUGUCUCAGCUGUGAAGAAUAUCAACCUGCCAGAGAUCCCUCGCAAUAUCAACAUUGGAGACAUCAACAUCAAAGUGCCCAACCUGUCUCAGUUUGUGUGAGCAUCCCUAGGCAGACCAGGCGGGGAGGGCUGUCCAUGCACACGGGCUGUGGUCUGGCUGGCUCUCCUGCUAAGAGGAACCAAUCUCAGCUGGACUCUAUCUGCCUGUUCUGGAUGUCCCCUCUGCCUAUGCCAGGCCCUGGCCUUGCCCAUACAGCGCAUGGAGGGCCAGGUGUGCUGCCAGCAUGUGUGGACUGCCUGGCAGAGUAGAGAGCUCUGAUGGGGUGUGGGGCAAAGUGAGUUCAGAGUGGUGCUGCCUGCUGUGUGUCUGUCACCUUGGACCCUGAGCUCAGUUGUGCUCCCUGGUCUCCCUAACAAGGUUGCCUUUCUUCCCCUCCCUCCCUCCCAGGUGGGUGUGUAGCCUCUGCUUUAGCUGUGGUGGGAAAGCCAAAACCUGCCUGUCCUAGCACUUGGAAUUCCUAGUUUUAAAAAAUGCAUCUAUCCCUGGUGGCUUUUGGAGGAGCCCUGGGUUAUCUCUCCUCCACCUCCACCCCCCCACCCCCCCGCCCCAGGCUGGGUUGUUCUGACUGGUCUAGCAUCCCUGUGCCCCCACUGCUCCUUGCUGCGUAUGGGCCUUCUGUCACGAGAUUUGUGCCAGACUUGUAGGGGUUGGUCAGCUGUGCUCCUGCUGGGCUGCUUGAUCAGGGCAAAGGGAUAGUUUCUGCUGUACAGAGAGACAUUGGCAGUGAGGGGAGAAGACGGAAGGGAGUUGCUUGCUGCUUCCGCUUGAGCAGGAUGGAAAGCUACAGGGGGGACAAAGCAGCCAACUUGCUGUGUGGUGGGCCAGGCCAGGCAAGGUCUGUCACUGCAUCCCCAAGAACGUGUGCAUGGUCACAGGGGCUGAAGCCUUCAGAAGAAUGUCCCCUGAAUCCUAAUAAACCACUGUGAAAAUC